AGACGAGACAAUCCAAAACCACCAGGCGAAUGCCCGGCUUACUGGUCCCCCAUUUUGCCGUGAGGCUAGUCCAUGAUUGAUUGGACCGUUAUCUCGUGUCUUUUUUCUUCUUCCUCUCCCGUCUCACCCUCCCUCUUUACACGCUCCCAACCCUCUCCAUUCGGCGACAGUGGAUCAGGUGACCCCAGCCAAUGUCCAAUGCGCCAGGCUCGACCAGCACCCCUCUCCCAUAGAACACACACACGACCAUUGCCAUCGACAACUGCCUCGUCGCUUGUUUAAGCCUCGAGGUCCGAAGACGGCUAGCGAAUCUUGGUUUGGCCCAGUACAGGGCUAUCCAUCUCCACGGGCAGACAUCCGAGUUGUUCGGUUCAGUGUGAAGUCGGCCGGGCACUCGAUUGAUCACUACCGCUUCGGGUUCAAUUGGCAGCACUGAUACCAUCAAAUGGGACCUGCUGUCAAGUGGCCACAGAGCCUUCUCGACCCAUAACACAAGCCGCCUUCCCCACCAAGCAACCCUCGGACUGCCCAGGCCGGCACUGUUUGAUAUCACACUCAUCAGACACUCCAUAUAAGACCAAAACGGCGCAAUCACGCCUCUAGCGCCUCCUCGGCGCCGCCUCAAGCCAGCCUGACCUUUCAGUCCUACAACGCCUGCCUACUCAUCCGUGCCACCUCGCCGACACGAUGGGGAGGGGGUCCGCCCGUCGGACAAGGGAAUCGACUGGGAUAGAAAAUAGAAUGUCGACGAGGUCAACAAGAUCCAAGGGUCUGGACCUGGACUCCCGCGUACCAGCCUCGCCGCAAUCAUCACGCAAGAGGAAGCCCCCCGCAAGCAGCAGCCCGGGCCGCCCACGCUCACGACAUCAUGUCCAAGACAGCAUACUGCCCGUGGACCUGGGCACCCCUGACACAGCCGGCACCCCCGAUGGUGGCCUCGAGCGGGGCGUAUCCAAUAGUGUCAGCACCGACGUUGCCCCGGAAAUUGUCGUUAACACCGACGAUUUGGAGAUGAUGGACCUCCAGGAAUCAGACGCUAUGCCCACACCACAGGACAGCCUAAGUAUGUCAUCCAUACAUGCCGAUCCACAGUGCCUAUCAAAACAACUGUUGGCCAUGUCGGAAAAAGACAACAAUACGAGACCGUCAUUCACGUCCUCUAUGUCAGCCCUGAGCGAUCAGUCGGACCUGUCAUCUAUCCUGUCCUCUCUCUCCAGCAAGGCCACCACGCCUGUGGAUUUGGACGGACCGAAGGACAUCCUGCCCCCACCUCCUUCCAGUGUCGUGGUUCUCCAAGAAGAGCCUUCGCGAGAAGAACAGGGGCUGGAUAAAGACAAGGAAGAGCAGAGCGAAGGAGUAAAAGAGGAGCAAAGCGGAGAAACGCAAGUAGUGGUUUGCAGAGAACCAGAAGAGAACCGAAGUGGAGAAGCACAAACCGAGAUUUGUCCGCAACCGCAAGAGGAGCAGCGGGAAGAGGAAGCGCCAAGACAAACACCAAAGGAACAGCUUUGCGAAAUCUCUACUGCUCCCGCAAUACCUCAACCUAAGCCCUCCCUGCCUCCUCCCCCUCGGCCUAGAUUCCGGGUUAGGGACGGCCCGAACCGCCGAUACGACGUGCGGCCCAAGAAUUCCAUCCCAACAGACCUUUCGCCGCAAGAAUACGCGGUCCAGUGCAUCGGGUCUGCUGAGUCCUCCAGGUUCAACCCGUACGCCCUGCACCAGGAGGAGUACCUGAUGCUGAGGGAUCACAUCAGCUUGGCGCAGAUCACCACAUACCUCAACAUACGCAACGGCAUCUUGAGACUUUGGGUUCGCAACCCAACAAUAUCAAUCACACGAGAAGAAGCGAUCGGCUGUGCCAAGGACAGUCGCUGGUUUGACGUAGCGAAUCUCUGCUUCGACUGGCUCGUCCGGACGGGAUACAUCAACUUUGGUUGCUGCGAGAUCCGUCAGUCCAGAAAACAGCAGGCCAUCAAGGAAGAGGACACUGCAGGCCUGAAGAGAAAGACAGUGGUCGUCAUUGGGGCCGGCGUGGCUGGACUUGGAUGCGCCAGGCAGCUCCAGGGCCUGUUCAUGCAGUAUGCUAAGCGCUUCCGCGAACGAGGCGAGCAGCCCCCCAAGGUCGUGGUUCUGGAGGGGAGGAACCGUGUCGGCGGUCGAGUUUAUUCGCGACCCUUUCGUACAAGGCCCGCGGUGGAGCCGGCCGCGCUUCGUGGGAAACGAUACACAGCCGAGAUGGGCGGCAUGAUUGUGACGGGAUUCGAGAGGGGUAACCCAAUCAACAUCCUCAUCAGAGGCCAGCUUGGACUUGCCUACCACGCGCUCAGGUCGGAUGCCACGCUCAUCACCAUCUACGACUCGGACGGCAAGCCGGUAGAUACCGCCCGAGACCAGCUUGUUGAGAAGCUGUAUAACGACUGCUUAGAUCGCGUCAGCGAGUACAAGUGGAAACUCCCCCUGCCCAAGCUCCUCCAGGGAAACAGGGACUUGAUAGAUGACGGGAAGGACAGCUUUGCCGAGUUACACAAGACCAUCAGUUACGUGGAGGAGACGACAGCAGCGCAGCCCCAUGCGCCUCCAGUGUCGGAGCAAAACAUCGCGCCCAGAGUCGACAUGGUGCCGGUGUCGUCGGAUCGUGUGACUGGGAGAAUCCAUGUCGAGCCGGGGGUGCCGGGGGCUACCAAAGCCUCACACAAAGCAAAGCUGAUGGGGUGGUCGCUUCAGGAGGGUAUUGACGAGGACACAGACAUCGACUUGGACCCUGCUACCAAGGCACCCGGUGCGACACUCGGCUCGGUCCUGGACGAUGCCAUCCUGCAGUACAACGGCCUGGUCGACAUCUGCCCCCAGGACAUGCGUCUCAUCAACUGGCAUAUCGCAAACCUGGAGUACAGCAAUGCCCGAAACCUGAACCAGCUGAGCCUCGAAGGUUGGGAUAUGGAUGUAGGCAACGAGUGGGAAGGGAGGCAUUCCAUGAUAGUGGGCGGCUACCAGAGCUUGGCGACUGGUCUUGCUCAAUUCCCAUCACCCCUGGACAUCCAGUACAAGAAGGCGGUACGGUCCAUAGCGGCCCUGCCGCCGAGACCUUCGUCCGCGGACGGCGGCAAGCCUCGCACCGAGGUGGGGGAUCUUUACAAGAUUGGGUGCGAGGAUGGCUCCGUUAUCGAGGCCGACUACGUUGUCAACUCGAUCCCGCUUGGUGUGCUAAAGCACGGCGAUGUCGAGUUUGACCCACCACUUCCCCAGUGGAAAACCGAGGCCAUUGAUCGGCUGGGUUUCGGAGUCCUGAACAAGGUCGUCCUGGUUUAUGACAGGGCGUUCUGGGAAGAGGACAAGGACAUCUUCGGCGUGCUGCGACAACCGCAGAGCGGGACGAGCCUUGACCCCCGGGACUACUCGUCACGCCGCGGCCGCUUCUUCCAGUGGUUCAACGUGACGCAUACCAGUGGCAUGCCAACCCUGUUGGCGCUGAUGGCAGGUGACGCAGCUUUUGACACAGAAAAGGCGCCCGAUGGCGAGCUCGUGGCAGAGGCCACAGAUGUCCUGCGUUCCAUCUUUGGGCAGUCGGCCGUCCCCGAGCCCACCGAAUCGAUUGUGACACGAUGGGGGUCGGACAGGUUCGCGCGCGGCAGCUACUCGUCGGCCGGGCCCGCGAUGAGGCUGGAUGACUAUGACCUCACGUCGAGGCCCGUGGGCGAUGGGCACUUCUUUGCGGGCGAGCAUACGUCUGCCACACACCCCGCAACGGUGCAUGGCGCGUACAUAUCGGGCCUCCGGGCGGCCUCGGACGUCGUCAACGCGAUGCUCGGGCCGAUCGAGGUGCAGCGGCCGCUCAUAGUGCCCAAGGAGUCGGCGGCGUCGGCGCUCAAGCGCAAGGCGGCCGAGGCGGCGCGGGACCCGCGCACGGAGGCGCUUGAGGCGUACGAGGCGCGGCUGUGGGAGCACAUGCGGGCCCGGCUGGGCGACUACCCGCUCGAGCCGCCCAAGAUGACGGCCAAGGCGCACAUACUCUUCAUCAAGGCACACUUCGAGGCGGCGAGGCAGCGGUGCCUGGACGGGCGGCGGCCAGGCAAGACGCCGCCGUCGGCGAGCGAGGUGCGGUCUGCGGCGGCUAAGAUGUGGAACGCGGCCGGCGAGGAGGAGCGGCGGCCGUUCGUCGAGCAGGUCACGCUGCUAAAAGAGCGGCACGCCGCGGCCGUGCGCGAGUUCGCUACAAAGGCCGAAGAGUACGGCCGCAGGGCCGCCGAGGUUACGGCCGAGUACGAGAAGAAGAACCCCAGGCCCGUGUUCCCCGAGGAUCCAGCGUUGGUGCCGGCGACAGGUCCCGGCGCGACCCCGACGGCCUCCAGCUCGGCGUCCCCGGCCGCGACGGAGGGUCGGCGGGCGAAGAGGACGUCGGUCGGUCGAUACACCGAGCCCGACGACGAUGUUGCCAUGGCCGGCUGAGCGGCAGUUGUGUCGUUACUCCGACAUGACGCAACGACUUUCGCUCCGCCUCAUACUAGACGAAGUCAGUGGUUGGCGCAAGGCGACGUUUUUGAGCCUUCUUGUUUGUUUUUAGUCCACCGCCGUCGUUUCCGCAUACAACCCUCAAUUUGAACCCACGCAUGCCCUUCUUCUUAUCUCUUCCUUCUUUUCUAUACGCACCUUUGCAUGGGACAAAAGCAGGGCAUUGGGGCUGCCAUUUUGGCGGGAAUAUAUACACAUUUUCCUUGUCACCAUCUCCGGAUUAGAGCCUCAGCUGCACAGGACGGCGCAAAAAUGCGGUGUUUUUUUUUUUUUAGAGCUUUUAGGCCUGGUUUCUUUGCUAUUGCUUAGUCUCGGUUUGUCAUCUCGUGCAUCAACAUUGCUAUCGUCGAUAUUAAUACGCCUGCUUUCGCUCGCUGUUUUGGUUCGUAUUUGGUGAUUAGUGGUAUUUUGUAAGUAUGGAACAAAGGGGGGCAGGGCAGAAAACGGCGAACGGAAUAGAUGACCGGGUUUAUGUCGCCCUGCCAUAUCUUUGCAUGCUUAUCCAACAUUCACGUCUUUGUUUCUACCGUCUUGGUAUACAGGAUGAGGUGGGGCGCAUGAUUGCGGGAAUAAAAUAGAACACAUGCAUUUGUACAAAGUGAAGAUAGUUUUCGACGGCAACGAGGAGGGUUCCCUUCCUUCCGC